CGCUGCUCGGUGUUGAUCUACCACUCUGAUGUGUCGUCUUCUCAGUGGAGUUGCGUGUUCACCUCUUUCUGCACCUCUGGACGACAGCAUGAGGAAGACGGGACAGGAAGAGUCCAGUUCCUGCAGGACCAGAUGGAAUCCAUAUGAUGAUUUAGCGAGAUAGUGGUGGACGUCCAUUUCCUGGAGUGUUUCCUGUUAUGCUGCUUUUCCCUUUUUUUGCUCGGUUUCAUUGACUUCCUGCUUUGACAAAAAAAAAAAAAAACAGUCGCUAUGGCUUCAACCAACGCCGACACGAGCAGAUGUUUGCAAACUCGCCGUUCUUCUAUCAACUGUCCGUCGCAGGGUGUGAAGGACGGCAGAACUUUCCCUUUUCCCUCAGAGAAAACUGUCAAAGCGUGGAGCUCGAUGGAUGAUCUGGACCAGCCCAGAUACAGAACACAUCACCCAGAAGCACAGGACAAAACCGGAGACCAGCGUUUUCUGAUCGUUAACAUCGGAGGGAAAGUGUUCCACAUCCCCAGGCGCUGCGCUCUUCAGUAUCCCAACACCCGGCUCGGAUCGUUGGCCCUCUGCAAAGACAAAACGAAGCUAUUCCAGCUGUGUGAUGACUACUCCAUACGCAAGAAUGAGUUCUUCUUCGAUCGGGAUCCGGCCUUCUUCCACCACAUCUGCCACUUCUACACCAGCGGAGUUCUGUGGGUCAUCCGCGAAAUGUGUCCCAUCAACUUUGAGGAGGAGAUCGACUACUGGGGCCUGAGCCUGAAGGACACUCAGUUCUGCUGCUGGAUGGUGUUCGAGGAGAAGGUGGGCGAGGUCAAGGACGGCCUGAAGGUGGAGAGGGAGCUCCUGGCCGAGAUCGAAACAAAGUACGACGACGAGCGUUUUAAGGACAUGCUUUUCGGGAACACGAGGAAGACUCUGUGGAACAUGGUGGAGGAUCCCUACUCUUCGAUCCAGGCCAAGGCUUUCACCGUCUUCUCAAACCUGUGUGUGCUUUUCUCUAUCGUCGCAAUAGCGCUCAAUACCGUGGAGGAACUUCAGAGCUAUAAAAUCAACGGUAAAACGCAUAUGGAAUGGGUGGAGAUCUUCACCAUCUUCUUCUUCACUUUCGAGUACCUGAUCCGCCUUUCCACCACCCCUGAUAUCAAGAUGUUUUUGAACUGCGGGCUGAACUUUGUGGACCUGGUGGCCGUCAUGCCUUAUUUUGUCCAGAUCGUCUGCGAAGCCCUUUCAAACGUCGAGGACUUGAGCGCGCAGGAAGACCUGAGGACCAUGGCUCGGGUCAGCAAGGUCAGCCACGUCCUCAAAGUCCUCAAGCUGCUGCGGAUCUUUCGGAUUCUGAAGCUGGCCCGGCACUCGACCGGCAUGAAGGCGUUCGGGUUCACUCUGCGGCAGUGUUACGAACAGGUCUCCUGCAUUUUCCUCUUCAUCGCUUUGGGAAUCUUCACCUUCUCCGCCCUGCUGCACUCGGCUGAGAGGGAGACAGAGGGAACCCCCAUCAGCAGCAUCCCAUACGCCUGGUGGUGGGCGGCGGUCAGCAUCUCCACCGUGGGUUAUGGGGACGUGGUUCCUGUGACCGUCCUGGGUCGCAUCGUGGCCUUUGGGUGCAUCUCCUUCGGGAUCAUCCUCAACGGCAUGCCCAUCUCCUUCCUCUUCAACAAGUUCUCUGAUUACUACGCCAAGUUGAAGGCCCAGGAGUACAACGUUACCUCUGUCCAGCGGCGCUUUCAGCUCAAGAAACGCCUCCGACGUAAAAUGGACUUUUGUUUUCAUCCCUCGGGUGAAGAACACAACAGAGACUCUUAACGCUUCUGGACUGGAUUUAUCGUCAUGUUAUAAUUCAUAUGGUCUGAGGGGAAACAAGCUUCUGUGAAAAAAAAGGAAUCUUAUAUUGACUAUAGAUUUUGUCUAAUCCCUGGUGUUUUCAGACCGGUACGGCGUUAACCUUUCGUAUAUUCUGCACACUUUGCUCUUCAUGUUAUUAAUCCCUUCUUAAACCCGUCUUUUCUCCUCGGCUUUUGACACCAUGUGAGAUGUGUGAAUGUAUUAUUAUUUCUUUCCAUUGUUUAUUUGGUAUGGGUUUAUUGUUUUUAUCGUUUUUAAUUGUACAGCUGUUGUAUGACUUU